AUGGGUUGGGGUGACUUGGGUGUGCUUGGAAAUCCUUCCAAAGAAACCCCUAACUUAGACCAGAUGGCUGCAGAAGGCAUGCUUUUCACAAGCUUCUACACUGCCAACCCUCUCUGCUCACCAUCCAGGGCAGCUCUCCUGACAGGCCGUCUCCCUAUAAGGAAUGGCUUCUAUACCACCAAUGGCCAUGCCAGAAACGCCUAUACGCCCCAAGACGUAACGGGGGGCAUCCUGGAUUCUGAGCUACUCCUUCCAGAAUUGCUGAAGAAAGCAGGCUAUGCCAAUAAGAUAGUUGGCAAAUGGCACCUGGGCCACCAACCUCAGUUCCUUCCCUUGAGGCAUGGAUUUGACACCUGGUUUGGAUCCCCCAAUUGCCACUUUGGACCUUACGAUAACAAAGCCAUCCCCAACAUUCCCGUUUAUAGGGAUAUGGAAAUGAUCGGCAGGUAUUAUGAAGAUAUAAAAAUUGAUCGUAAGUCGGGAGAAGCAAACCUAACUCAAAUGUAUUUACAGGAAGCCCUGGAUUUCAUAAGCAACCAGCAAGCCAGCCAUCAGCCAUUUUUUCUCUAUUGGGCCAUCGAUGCCACCCACGCUCCUGUGUAUGCCUCCAGGGAAUUCCUGGGCACAAGCCAAAGAGGAUUGUAUGGCGAUGCUGUGCGGGAAAUUGACUUCAGCAUUGGGAAAAUUCUUAAUCACCUUCAAAAGCUGGGCAUCAGCAACAACACCCUUGUGUUUUUUACGUCUGACAAUGGGGCCGCACUGAUUUCAGCCCCACAACAAGGAGGCAGCAAUGGCCCUUUCCUAUGUGGCAAGCAAACGACGUUUGAAGGUGGUAUGAGAGAGCCAGCUAUUGCCUGGUGGCCAGGACACAUACCUGCGGGACAGGUGAGUUAUCAGCUGGCCAACGUGAUGGAUCUCUUCACCACUUGCCUCUCCCUGGCAGGACUGCAGCCUCCCAGUGACAGGCAGAUCGACGGCAUCGACCUCCUGCCUGUCCUCCUGCAAGGCAAACUAAUUGACAGACCAAUAUUUUAUUACCGUGGCAACGAGAUGAUGGCAGUGCGGGUUGGGCUUUAUAAGGCCCAUUACUGGACCUGGAGCAAUUCCUGGGAGCAGUUCAACCAGGGCGUCGAUUUCUGCCCAGGGCAGAAUGUUUCUGGAGUCACCACCCAUGACCAAGAGGAGCACUCGAAGCUCCCCCUGAUCUUCCACUUGGGAAAGGACCCUGGAGAAAAGUAUCCAAUCAGCUUCUCCAGCGCCGAAUACCAGUCUGUUUUGGAAAGAGUCUCUCCCAUUGUCCAGGAGCACAAGGCCACGCUGGUGCCAGGGGAACCUCAGCUGAAUGUCUGUGACAAGGCAGUCAUGAACUGGGCUCCUCCAGGCUGUGAGAAGCUGGGGAAGUGUUUGAAAUCUCCCCCUCCCGACCCAAAGAAAUGCUUUUGGCUUCACUGAGGGCCUGGCCUUGGCAAACCGCUGUCCGGCAACUGUUGCCACCCACCCUGAGGAAGGUGACUCGGGCUGCUGCUGCUGCUGCUUGUUCAGAAGGAAGCACCACUCUUGCUUUGAACUGGGGCGACUUUACUCUCCCUGAAGUGAGCCUCUCCAGAAAGGAAAAAAUGCUUGAUGCACUUGCAAGCUGCAGGGUCUCCUUUAGAGGAAGGGCCUGCCCUGAACUGGCUGCAGAGGAGAGAUUUACGUCCUCCUGGAUCUGAGGGGGCAUCUCAGGAUCAGCCAAAGUCUUUUCAAGACACAGGUACUCCGUGGCUGGAACCACCCUCUUUUCAGGAAGUGCCAAAUCCUUACAUGAAGCAGCUUCUGCUACUGUGAUUUUUAUUUUUUUAAUGAAUUAGUUUUAUAUCUGUUGAGGCCAAUUUUUAAUACUGCUGAGCAUUUGUAAGAAAUGAAGGCUGCUUAUAUA